AUGGGUUUGGACUUACAUGGCUUGGCUCGCACGCUUCAUUACUCGAUUGGUGAAGGUAGACAACUCCAUGUUCCCUUCCUCAAAACUGGUAUUUUGAAUUCCUCACUUACCAUCGCCAACAGCCUUCUCCAACUAUACUGCCGGUGUGGCUCUCUCCGUGAUGCGUCCCACUUGUUCGACGAAAUGCCCCACACAAACCCUUUCUCAUGGACCACCCUAAUGCAGGCCUACUUUAACUCAGGUCACAUGGACAAGUCAUUGCACUUGUUCCAUGCCAUGCCUCACAAGAACCACUACUCCUGGAACAUGGUUGUCUCAGCAUUUGCCAAGUCUGGAGACCUUCAAGUGGCUCAUUCUCUGUUCAGUGCCAUGCCCAGAAAGAACGAGCUCGUCUGGAAUUCCAUGAUUCAUGGUUAUUCUCGUAAUGGGGAUCCCGGGAAAGCAUUGUUUCUUUUUAAGAGCAUGAGUUUGGAUCCUUUUGAAAUGGUGUACCGUGAUGCAUUUGUGUUGGCAACUGCUCUUGGGGCUUGUGCUGACUUGUUGGCUCUCAACUGUGGGAAACAAGUCCAUGCGCGUGUUUUCAUUGACGAUCUGGGACUUGACAAGGUCUUGUGUAGCUCCCUGAUUAAUUUGUAUGGGAAGUGUGGUGAUUUGGAUAGUGCUGCUCGCGUUGUGAGUUUUGUGAAGGAAGUGGAUGAGUUCUCUCUAUCAGCUUUGAUAUCAGGUUAUGCAAAUGCUGGCAGAAUGAGAGAGGCAAGAAGGAUUUUUGAUAGCAAGGUUGAUCCAUGUCAUGUGCUGUGGAAUUCAAUUAUUACAGGUUAUGUAUCCAAUGGUGAGGAAAUGGAAGCACUGGCUCUUUUCAAUAAAAUGCGGAGGAAAAGUGUCCGGGGAGAUAUAUCUGCGGUUGCAAACAUUUUGAGUGCUGGCAGUGGCUUACUCAUUAUUGAACUUGUUAAUCAAAUUCAUGCCUAUGCUUGUAAAACUGGGGUAACUCAUGACAUCGUGGUUGCUAGUGCUUUGCUUGAUGCCUACUCCAAAUGUCAAAGACCUAAUGAAGCCUGCAAGUUGUUUAGUGAGCUCAAAGUUUAUGAUACGAUUUUGCUUAAUACUAUGAUCACUGUGUAUUCUAAUUGCGGAAGAAUCGAAGAUGCAAAAUGGAUUUUUAACACAAUGCCUAGUAAAACCUUAAUUUCAUGGAAUUCAAUCUUAGUGGGUCUCACUCAGAAUGCGUGUCCUAGUGAAGCAUUAGAUAUUUUUUGUAAGAUGAAUAAGCUGGGCUUAAAAAUGGACAAGUUUAGCUUUGCCAGUGUUAUCAGUACUUGUGCCAGUAAAUCAUCCCUUGAACUUGGUGAGCAGGUAUUUGGUAAAGCUAUCACCAUUGGGCUUGAAUCAGACCAAAUCAUUUCUACCUCCCUUGUUGAUUUUUAUUGUAAAUGUGGGUUUGUUGACAUAGGGCGUAAAGUAUUUGAUGGAAUGAUAAAAACUGAUGAAGUCUCAUGGAAUACAAUGUUGAUGGGAUAUGCCACAAAUGGAUAUGGAAUUGAAGCACUGACCCUCUUUACUGAAAUGAUGUAUAGUGGUGUGAGGCCGUCUGUUAUUACUUUUACUGGGGUUCUUUCAGCCUGUGAUCAUAGUGGUCUGGUUGAAGAAGGAAGAAAUUUGUUCCAUACUAUGAGGCAUAACUAUAGUAUUAGUCCACGGAUUGAACAUUACUCUUGCAUGGUUGACCUUUUUGCCCGAGCUGGUUGCUUCGGGGAAGCAAUGAAUCUUAUUGAAGAGAUGCCUUUACAGGCUGAUGCAAACAUGUGGUUGUCAGUAUUGAGAGGCUGCAUAGCUCAUGGAAAUAAGGCUAUUGGCAAGAUGGCUGCGGAGCAAAUUAUUCAGCUUGAACCUGAAAAUCCAGGUGCUUAUAUACAAUUAUCUAACAUACUUGCAACUUCUGAGGACUGGGAAGGAUCAGCAUAUGUGAGAGAGUUGAUGAGAGAUAAGCAUGUUCAAAAGGUUCCUGGUUGCAGUUGGGCGUAUUGUUGA